AUGCGUUGCACAAAUACAUCUCUCCAAACGCAUACACGAGACCCGUAUUUUGAGUCUGAAUACUUUUCUCGGUUUGGAUCCGGUUUGUUUAACAUCGCCUCUCAUGGCUCCGAGACGCUCUGUUACCAGCCUUACGUCCCUUCUGAGUCACGUCAGAGAAUCGAAAACACCUCAAAGGAGUGGCGUCAGAUUCUGGGCUCUUGCUCUGGCCUUCUUCUACUCUUCGUUGGCCGUGACCUAUGCGUCGCAAAUCCGCUUACGAAGAAGUUUCGAUUCUUGGACCUAUCUAGGUUAAUGGGUAACGUUAGUGUUGAAAGAUUUUGUUGGGAAAACAGAAAGCACAUCGGGUUCGCGGUUGAUCAAAUUGAUCAAGCCACCCAGAGUUUCAAAAUCGUCCAGUUAACCGAGGAGAAAAUUGCCAACAACACGAGCUAUGAGUUCGAGAUUUACGCCGGAGGAGAUUCAUGGAGAGAAUCGAAAACAAAGAUUACUUGCCAAUCAAGCCAUCUCCAUAACCGAAUGAAAAAACCUGUUUACUUGGACGGAUCUCUUCACUGGCUACGAGAGGACGGGGGCAUAUUAGCUUUCAACCCCAAAACAGAGGAAGCACGACUGAUUCCGACCAAACUCCCCCAGGAAGUGAGUUUGAAAAUGCUAUUCUCAGCUGGAGAUAGUAGGUUAACUUUCGUAUCGGCCACGAAGGAGGUAAUUUACAUUUAUGCCCUCCAGGAUGAUCCCAAGUGGGUCCUGGUGACGCGGAUCCGGAACAUAGUGCUGGACGAAGAAAGGUGUGGUUAUUAUUGGAACGUAGAGGCCUACGACGGGAAGUUUUUAGUGCUGAGGGAGAAUAAGGUGUUGCAUGUGUACGACUUGAGUGCUAACAAGUGGGAAGUCGUGGGUUCGAUUCCAAAAUGGUCCGAUGCUAGCCAAGAUAUAUUUCAGUUUACACCGUCGUGGUCUUCUGUUGUAGGGCUUGAUGAGACAUUGGCUUGUGGUGAUAAACGCGAUCCUAUUAGGAAAACUGAAGUUAAACGCGAUCUGAGCUUGGUUAUGGGACUAGUUGAUGUGGAACCUCCAUUUAGAAAAUGGGUAAAACUAAUUAGAGAAAUAUGA